ACCACCGUCAACUGACGCAUGGUAUUACCAUCACGAGUACGUGAGCCACCAACGGCGACUGGUAGAUGGUACCGCCGUCGCCAGUACGCGAGUCCCUCCCAGAAAUUCGUUGCGCCGCCCUUGGGGACAAAAAACGGUGAAAGCUAACGUACGAAACCAGAGGGCAGCACAGGAUGCAAUCGCACGAUCCUGCCCGUGAGCAAUCUCCCAACUCAUCUCUGUAGUUAAUCGUUCUUGUAAAGAUGUCAAACGAUCGAGAAGUAUUGAGAGAAAUAUGGGAAGGCAAAAUACCGGUGUGCUUUCAACUGGACUCUGAGGAGGUCUGCGAACUGCAAGCUCCUGAUUCCUUUUACCUUAUGGUAUCUAGGUUAAGUUAUUUUCCUGUUUGCACGGAUAAGGUUCGGAAGCAUUUCUUGAGGCAUAUACAACAGGAUAAACAAGAGAACGAAAUGUGGUUAGAGUUUAAUGGUAUUCCAUUGAAAUGGCACUUCCCUAUCGGUGUGCUUUUGGAUCUUUACUCAAACGACAUGCAACUACCAUGGAACAUCAUUGUCCACUUUGAAAAGUUCCCGGAGAAUGUCCUGAUGCAUUGUCGAAACAAAGACGUUGUAGAGGCUUACUUCCUGUCGUGCGUGAAGGAGGCUGACACAUUGAAGCAUAGGGGCCAGAUUAUGUCGAGUAUGCAGAAGAAAGAUCACACACAAUUGUGGCAUGGAUUGAUUAACGAUAAAUUCGAUCAGUUUUGGGCCAUUAAUCGGCGCUUGAUGGAGCCUAAUAGUCACGAGGAAGGGUUUAAGUACAUACCGUUCCGUUGCUAUACUAGCGAAGACAAAUAUGUUCAAAAACUGGUAAAACCUGUCGACGAGGAUGGCCACAGGAAAACGUUAAAACAUUUACUGGCUGAGGUGUUUCCAGACAUGGAACAAGUUACCGUUCGUACUCAUGGUAUCGUUCCACCUUUAGAGACGCCGAUACAAUGGAUGUCGGAGCACCUUAGUUAUCCAGAUAACUUCUUACAUCUUUGUGUCGUUACAUCAUAACGAAGCGAGAAAAGUGAGGAAGCUUGUGUAUGAAAUCAUUGAGAUUCUACUUCCGUAAGGAAGAUUUUUAAAGACAGCACGCUAUACUAUUCUGUUGAGGUUAGCUUGAGAUUUUAUAGUUUAUCAAAAAGCAGAUAUCAAAAUUCGUUAUCUUGUGAUAUUUCUUUCGUUGUAAUUCACACUACUGAUAUCUUUUUGACAGUGGAUACCCAUUUUUGCAUCCAAGUUAAGAUGUUAUAAAUUUAUGUAGUCCAUUACAUAAUUAUUAAUUAAUUAAUGACUUCCAAAGAAUUAGGGAAAUUGGCUUAUCACUAAAAAGCGACCGCUGGCAGGAAGUUUGUUUAAAAAGUGUAUCCAGAUAAAAUUAAGCUGCGGUUCAAGACCCAAUUAACAAACAGUGCAAGGACAUAUAAGAGUUUAGUGACGUAAGGUAUUAUUAUAUUUAAGUAAUUUUAUAUUUACGUAGCCAUACUCUAAUCUUCGUCUAAAGUGUGUAUAAAGUGAUUAAUUUCCCGCGAGAGAUGUAAGGAUUAAUUUCCCAUGUCAUGAAUAACAUUCUUUCCCUCUAGCACGAGAAUUACAAAACCAAGGUGGUUUUGGCGACAGAUAUUUUUUCGUUCUCGGAGCAGCAUCCUCCUUUUCGAUCGCGUUCAUGAGUUCAAGAAGCAAGACGGUUUUAUAAUUAGCCCCGUGACGAAAAGCAAGAAGAAUCGCCAGUCCAUUAGGGUUUUAAAAGAAACUCUUGUCUCCUACCGAUCGAGCCGUAAAUACUUUGGCUCGCGCGCCGUCGUCGAAAUUUCCCAAAAUUCAGGAGGCCCCAACAUGAACCAUUUAACACUUAACUUAGCCAACGAAAAUAUCGCGAUAUCGUCUUGCGUUUGUUAAAAGAACGAAAGGAAAUGUGACAUUCGUAACGGAUCGAAAACGACGCUCUUCCGGUAGCCUUCGAUGUGUGAAUCGAGAAUGUAGCCAGGCGGGCUGGCGCCAAUCCAAAAACUUUUCGGUAUUCCUUUCGAAUUUCCGGGGAGGCAGUAGAAGAGAGGGAAUUCGUGAAUACUUUUGGCAAGGCGGCGAGAGGUGCUGGGAAAAUAAAAUCGUCAACAACUGAACUGAA